AUGUACAAUUCUCUGUCCACAGACGUGAAUUGUGCAUAUGAGGAUGAAUUGAGUGCUUCAAGUUACAACUCCAUCGAAAUCUUGACUGGAUCAAACUACCUAAAGUGGAAAGAAGAAUUGGAAAUUUCAUUAGGAUUGAUGGACUAUGAUAUAGCUCUAAAGUGGGAUGUAAUCAAGGAACCUGCUGUAGAUGCAACUGCAUAUGUCAAAAGGAAAUAUGAAAGGUGGGAAAAGGCCAACAGGAUGGCUACACUGAUUAUGCUGAAAACCAUGACACCUUCUUUGAGAGGAAGCAUUCCAAGAUCAAAAAGUGCCAAGGAUUAUCUUGCUGCCAUUGGUCAGAAGUUUAAGGAAUCUGAGAAAGGAGAGAAAGAUGCUUUGCUGAACAAAUUGACUGAGAUGAAGUAUGAUGGGCGAGGUUGUGUAAGAGCUCACAUAAUGAAUAUGGCAGACAUUGCACACAAGCUAAAGGAACUAAACAUGACUAUAGAUGAGGAUAUGAUGGUGCAUUUUGCUUUGAAUUCACUGCCAAAGGAAUUCAAAACUCUCAAGAGUUCUUAUGUGGCUCAAAAGGAAAGCUAG